GCGUCGGGUCCGUGAGAGGUUCCACUUGAUGGUUUGUCAGCGGCUCUGCACACAACUCCCUGACUGCUGGUUCUUCGCUCCUAUUUCUUUGCCUGUAACUCGUCUUCAUCCUUGUCUUCUUCAGGAUGGAUCAGCAUGGCAGGAGCCGAGCUCAGCGUCGCUAUGACGACGAUGAUGACGACGUCCAGCCCUUCUACAUCGGCGUCCCCGUGUCCCACAGGCGGAAGAGACGGCGCCACCGCUCGUACGACCACGAUGGCGAGCGUGGCCCCUGCCACUCGCGCUACGAUCACCAUGGUGACCGUGAGCACGCCCGCCGAGGAUUCUACCAGGACAGCGAUGGCGAAGACCGCCCUCAGCUGCUGGAGCGCGCCGACCCCUCGGUGUCACCGGCGGCCGAGAGGCUGCGUCACAUCCUGGCAGAGGACGAAGGCGGGCCGACGCCCACCAUCUUCACAGAGAUGGACACGCUGCAGCAGGAGGGCGGCGAGCUGGAGUGGAAGGAGUCGGCCAGGUGGGUGAAGUUUGAGGAGAAGGUGGAGGAAGGCGGCGAGCGAUGGAGCAAACCUCACGUGUCCACGCUGACGCUGCACAGCCUCUUUGAGCUGCGAACGUGUCUCCAGACAGGAAGUAUCCUGCUGGACUUGGACGCCUUCUCACUGCCGCACAUCGUGGACGAGAUCGUGGAGCGACAGAUAGCUGAUGGCCUGGUCUCGGAGGACGUGAAGGAGAAGAUCAGCUUCGUGUUGCUACGGCGACACCGCCACCAGACCAAGAAGCCCAUCCACCGCUCGCUGGCCGACAUUGGGAAGUCCUCCUCUGCUGCCGCCCCCAACCGUAGUCCUCAGGUGACGCUGAGUCGUAGCACUAGUUCCGCUUCCGCCAUCCAUCGAUCUACUGACGACCUGCGCUCGCGACACGCCAGCAGCCUGGGACGCCUGCAUCACGCACAGAGUCGCAGUAUGACCGACAUUUCCGACACGCCCAGCUCUGACCAGCUGAAGAACAAAUUCAUGAAGAAGAUUCCACGCGAUGCCGAGGCGUCCAACGUGCUAAUUGGCGAGGUGGACUUCCUGGACAAACCCUUUGUCUCCUUCGUACGCCUAGCUCAAGCCACCACUCUGGGCGGCCUCACGGAGGUCCCGGUGCCGACCAGGUUCCUCUUCAUCUUACUGGGUCCUCACGGCAAGACCAAGUCCUACAACGAGAUUGGGCGGGCCAUCGCCACGCUCAUGGUGGACGAUCUGUUCAGCGAUGUAGCGUACAAAGCCAGGGACCGCGAGGACUUGAUCGCAGGCGUGGAUGAGUUCCUGGAUGAGGUUAUCGUCCUCCCGCCAGGAGAAUGGGACCCCAAAAUCCGCAUUGAGCCCCCCAAGAAGGUUCCGUCAGCUGAGAUGAGGAAGUCGGUGCUUAACCUGAACGAGCUGGGCCAGAUGAACGGGGCGGCCGGGGGGGCGGCCGGCGGGGAAGACGAGGAGCUUCCAGCACCACAUGAGUUGGGAGAGGAGCUGAAGUUCACCGGGAGGGUGGGCGGCGGCUUGUGGCUGGACAUCAAGAGGAAGAUUCCGUGGUACUGCAGCGACAUCUACGAUGGCUUCCAUAUCCAGACCAUCUCUGCCGUGCUCUUCAUCUACUUGGGCUGCAUCACCAACGCCAUCACCUUUGGCGGCCUGCUUGGGGACGCCACUGACAACUACCAGGGCGUGAUGGAGAGCUUCUUGGGGACGGCUUUGGCGGGAACCGUCUUCUGCUUGUUUGGCGGUCAGCCUCUCAUCAUCCUCAGCUCCACGGGACCCAUCCUAAUCUUUGAGAAGCUUCUCUACGAGUUCAGCAAGAACAACGGCAUAGACUACAUGGAGCUGCGUUUGUGGAUCGGCAUCCACGCAUGUCUGCAGUGCUUCCUGUUGGUCCUGUCCGAUGCCAGCUACAUCAUCAAGUACAUGACCCGUUUCACCGAGGAGGGCUUCUCCAGCCUCAUCUCCUUCAUCUUCAUCUCGGAUGCCAUCAAGAAGAUGGUGGGAUCUUUCAAGUAUUACCCCAUCAACCGCGGCUUCAAGCCCGACUUCAUCACGUCCUACAAGUGUGAUUGCGUCCCCCCUGACCAGGCGUUGCUCGCGGACGACAACAUGACCCUACUGUUCAACCUGAGCGACCUGGACUGGAGUCAGCUGAGCAAGAAGGAGUGCGUCAAGUACGGCGGCGCCCUGGUGGGCAAGGCCUGUAAGUACGUCCCCGACCUGGCCCUCAUGUCCUUCAUCCUCUUCUUUGGCACCUACUCCAUGACCGUGUCCCUCAAGAAGUUCAAGUUCAGCCGCUACUUUCCGACAAAGCUCCGUAAGUUGGUAAGCGAUUUCUCCAUCAUCAUUUCCAUCCUGGUCUUCUGUGGGUUGGACACCCUGCUGGACCUGGACACUGCCAAACUGCACGUCCCCACUGAGAUAAAGCUAAGGAAGCUAAUCAGUGAUUUUGCCAUCUUCAUGUCCAUCAUGUCCUUUGUGGGUCUGGAUAUGUUGGUGGGUUUAGACACACCCAAACUAAUCGUUCCUACUGAGUUGAAGCCCACACGUUCUGACCGCGGUUGGGUGGUGAUGCCGUUCGGGAAGAACCCGUGGUGGUGGCACCUGGCAAGCUUCAUUCCCGCCCUGCUGGUCACUAUCCUCAUCUUCAUGGACCAGCAGAUCAGCGCCGUCAUCGUCAACCGCAAGGAGAACAAACUGAAGAAAGGUUGCGGCUACCACCUGGACCUCUUCUGGGUGGGCAUCCUGAUGGCGGUGUGCUCCUUCAUGGGUCUUCCGUGGUACGUAGCCGCCACCGUCAUCUCCAUCGCCCACAUCGACUCCCUCAAGAUGGAGAGUGAGUCCAGCGCCCCCGGAGAGCAGCCCCAGUUCCUGGGCGUCCGCGAGCAGAGACUGACCGGCACGCUUGUUUUUGUUCUGACCGGACUCUCUGUCUUCCUCGCCCCCGUCCUUCAGUACAUCCCCAUGCCCGUUCUCUAUGGCGUCUUCCUGUACAUGGGCGUGGCCUCACUCAGCGGCAUCCAGUUCUGGGAGCGAAUCAAGUUGUACAUGAUGGCUCCCAAACACCAACCGGACUUCGCCUUCCUGCGUCACGUCCCACUGAGACGCGUCCACCUCUUCACCCUGGUCCAGAUCACCUGUCUGGCUGUCCUCUGGGUCCUAAAGUCCACCUUCCUCGCCAUCAUCUUCCCUGUCAUGAUCCUGGGUCUGAUGGUGGUGCGGAAGCUUCUGGACCUGAUGUUCUCUCAACACGACCUGGCCUGGCUAGAUGACAUCCUGCCUGAUAAGGACAAGAAGAAGAGGGAGGACGACAAGAAGAAGAAGAAGAAGAAGAGCGCGGAGGCGGAAAGUGACGAGGAGCCCGGGGGCCCCGCCCCCUCCCAGAUUCCCAUGGAGAUUGUCCAGCCAGACUCCGCCCACAACCGCCCUCCCGCCCCCCACCUGUGACUGAGGCCGAGCAGUACUCAAUGUUGGCGUGCGAUCAGAAUCAAGCGGACCGCAGAUACUGUGUGCUGAAGCUACACGUUCCCUACAGCGACCUGUUGCUGUCCCCUGACUCCACUUCCAUGCCGCCCAAAGUGUCUCUUUUACUUUGAAAUGUAGCGUGUGUGCGUGCGUAUUUAUUAGCCGCUUCCUCUGUAGGGCGCCAUGAAAUAAAGGUUAGAAAGGUUUUUUUGUUGCUGCUGAUCGGUGUGGUAGACAAGUACUAACUAAAUAAAGGAGACAUGAAUAUGUCAGGUUUAGCUGUGAGCUGGACAUAAAUCUGUAGAACCUUUCUUCUCUUGCCUGUAAAACCUUACUGUCACCACUGAAGGCAGAUAUUCUGUCAUGACGUCAGGGUAAACAUGAGACCACGUGACACAACCAGGACGUGUAACGAAGGCUAGACCGUCUGGAUUCACCAGGCUGGUUCGAAACUGGAAGAGGAGCCCUACAACGUCUGGCCUUCGUAGACCGGAUAGGCUACUAACCUGGUAGGAUGCAGACCCCGGAUUCAAAUACAGCCAGAGGAGACGUCACGGCUACAGGAAGUAGUCUCCUCGAUGUGCAAAUUGGACUUCCUUCUUGUGUUAGCUUGCUAGCAUCGGAGGUGUUAACACAAUGUAUCUUGGUUGGUUGUUAAAACACUGCUCAGUUUCCCCUUGUGUUGUGACCAUAAUAACCGUGGUGACGUAAAAAGUCGGCUAUUUAGAUCAAAAAUAACUGUACAAUCUUGGACCAAUCAGAGAAGACCUUACACUUACCGGAAGUAGUCACCUCGAUGGGCCUAUUGGACUUGCUGUUCGUGUUAGCUUUUUAGCAUUUGUGUUAGCAGUUUAGUUAGUAUACUGCUAAAUGUCAGAAGGGUUUAAUUACAAUUGUAAUGCUCGGCUAGCUUUAGCAACGGGUAGCAGUAGCUCUCCGAAGAUCACCUGACAGGUGAGUGAAAGUUACCCUACUUCUGCUAGCGUCUUCAUGGUGGAUCGUGAUUGGAUUCCGCAGUGACGUCACUGAUGACGGUUUGAAAGCCGAGCUCGGUGGUUGAAAGGGGACGCAGUCAUCUUGGGUGGUUUUCCACAAUGUGUUUUAUUAGUUAGCACCAUAAAAAGUCAAGAAUCUCUCCCGAAUAUAGGAGAAAGGAGUCAGUCGAGGAGUAAAAAGUUGCACCGUGUGGCCAGCAGGUGUCGCUCACUUGCUGGCAGAGGUGAAGGUGAAGCAUCCUCUCUGGUGGAACUGCAUGUCUCUGAUGCGACGCACGGACUGGAUCUGAGGCUGCACGGCCGAGAAGUCGUUGUAGUGCCGGAAGUCACCGCACUCAAACAGGUACUGGUAGCCUCUGUAGCCCGGGUACUGGUAGCCCACCCACCUGAGGGACACGUCAAAGUGAUUUAACUCCUUCAAAACAAAAGACUGUGUCUCAAUUGCUGUGCUUGCGUACUUCACUUAAAAGUGCGGUAAAAUACUGUGUACAGCGCUUGAUCAGUACCCGGAUGUUACAUUUAUGAUGGCGCAGUGAUGGAUACUUGCCACCCUCAACAGCAACAACGGAAGGGGGGACUAGAGUGACCAUUAAAAUGAGAAGAAAUGCGUGAAAAUGUGGUCAGAUGAACGAGUGUACCCAUGCAAGUAUUCCAUUUGAGACUCAGCUGCGGCAAUGCACCGUUCGUCCACACGGGGGUGCUGUUUGGUUUUCACUUCAGCCGCCAUUCAGGCGUUUUACUUCUCAAAGGUUUUACGGGAGGGGAAACAAAAUGCCCUACAAAUUCAACUUUCACAACAAAAGCACAAAAAAGUGGCGUGUUUGACACCCAGGCGUCACGAGGAUGUUUGUACAAUGUUCAGUUGAGCACAAGGACACGUGCUAGCUGCUAGCUAAGUUUCAGUUUAGCUUGUUUAGCCUACAGCACUUCUGCUGGUUGGAACAGCAAACAGGAAAGAAAAGUCAAGAGUAAAAUACAUAUUUGUGGACAAACAAAGAAGAUGGAGAAGUCAGCUCCCGGCCGUGUGAUGACGACAUCAUUUACAAGAGCAUUAGUGCUGAGGAGGCCCAAUAUUUGUGGAACUUACGCUCCUCCUGGCACCCUCACGCUGCCCACUCGGUCACAGAAGCCAUGCGCCCACAGGGUGGGAACGUCGUCCUCCUGGAUCUCCAUCUUGUUGCCCUUGAAGUCAGACAACUCGUGUAGGCAGAUCUUGUGCUCCAAGCUGUCCUGUCAACGACGACGACACGAAACGUCAAGCUCGAUAUACAUAUUUAGAUAUCAUUAGCACGCUAUCACUUUCACCAACGUCACCUAUGGUAGCUGGCUAAUAUUCUAAUUAAUGUGAUAAAUAACUGGCCAAUAUGCUAACUAACUGUGUAGUGUCUUAGCUAAUUGGAUAAUAAUGCUAACUACUAUAAAAUAUGCUAGCUAACUGACUAAUGCAUUAACUACCUUCUAAUGUGCUAAAUAACUGGCCAAUAUGCUAACUACUUGUGUAGUGUCUGAGCUAAUUGGAUAAUAAUGCUAACUACUAUACAAUAUGCUAGCUAACUGACAAAUGUGUUAACUACCUUCUAAUGUUCUAAAUAACUGGCCAAUAUGCUAACUACCUGUGUAGUGUCUCGGCUAAUUGGACAAUAAUGCUAACUACCAUAUAAUAUGCUAGCUAACUGACUAAUACGUUAACUACCUUCUAAUGUGCAACUGGCCAAUAUGCUCAGUAAUAUGGUGAUAUGCUAACUACCUUCAAAGAUGCUAACUUGGUUAAAUACAGCUAUGUGUGAUUACAUUAGUUAAUGUGUUGAUUACCUGGCUAAUAUGCUAACUGACUAAUGUGUCAGCUGUUUCGUUAAAUACUAAGAAUGUGAAAAAUAACUGGCUAAUAAGCUAUCUACCUGUGUGACAUUAGCUAACGGGGUAGCUAGCGGGCCAAAAUGCUCACUACCUUCUAAUGCACUAACUAACAAGCUAAUAUGCUAACUACUCAUCACAGGCUAAUGUGCUAACUGCCUGGCUAAAUACUAACUAGUCUGCAAACUAACUGGCUAAUGUGCUAACAAACUAACUAAUGUGCUAACUGCCUGACUCGUGCAAACUACUAUGCUAAUCAAUGGCUAAUGGCUAAUCUAUGGCUAACAUGCUAACUAAUAUGACCACUCACAGGCUGAUAUGCUAACUACCGGGUUAAUAUGCUAACUGACUCAUGUACUAAUAUGCCAAUUGCUUGCUAACAUGCUAACUACCUAUUUUAUACAUUUAACUGGUUAACAUGGUAAUUGGUGAAUAACUACCCAUCUAAUAGAUGAGCGGCCAUGUUAAUAUGCUAAAUAACUGGCUAAUAUGCUAGCUGGCAAAUAAUAGACAUGUUGUGGAAGGAAGCCAUCAAGCUAGGGGUCCGUCGUUAGCAAGGUGCUAACACCUUGACCAGCAUGGCCUUCAGGUGUAGGGUUAAGGGUCAGUGGGCGGUACCAUGCGGAUGGGCCUGAGGGACAUGAGGCAGUCGCUGCGGUAGGAGUUGCUCCAGGUGUCCCAGCGAGGAUACUCCCCCUUCUCCAGGAUGAACAUCUCCCCACGGAGGUUGGUCUGCUCAAAAGCAACAAAGCUGAAAUGAUGGGGGGAGGGGAAGGGUGGGGUGCCGCCGGGCAUGGUUGUGUGUGUGUGUGUGGGGGGUGGUGGGGUAGACAGAGAGAGCCAUGAGUGGACAGGUCAACACAUCGACUGGUCUCUGGGGACGGAGGGGUCGUCUUACGGGCCGCUGUCCACGAUGAGACUCCUCACUCGAUCCAGUCCUCGCUCGCACACGUUCAUGCACUCGCCCUGGAUCUCCAACAUCCUGCCCUGGAAGUUCUCCUGGUCGAACAGCAUGAUCUGCACACACACACACAACAGCAAGUGUGGUAUGUUGGUCAUGUGACCGUGUUGUGGGGUACAUGGUGUGUCUUAAAAAAGCAGACCCCAGGCGGACUCACUCUGAAGGAUCCCAUGCCGGGCUCGCCCGUUUUGGUGGCCUUGCUGGAGGCGGCGGGGGCGGGGAUUCCCUUGUCUUUGGGGUCGGCGCCCUGGCUGGAGGCGGACUUGGCGGUCUGAGACAUGGCGGGGGGGCUUCAGGAGAGUCUGGAUGGUAGAUGGAGGCGAUGAUGCUGAUGUUAGCGCGUGCGUGCGGGGGGCGUGCUCACCUGGGUCGGGUCUGUCCUACAGUGUGGCGUGAGGCAGGCUGGCUCGAGCUGGUCUCCCCCCUCGCUCCAGGCCAGCUUUUAUAGUCUGGCAAAGGUUGAGCGCCGGGGCUCCCGGCACAAAAGAAAAAGCCUGGUCAUCAGAGCAGGGCCGGGCCAAAGCCAAGCGGGUCAUGGCAUGGCCUGGAAGCCUGUAAGCACUUUAGCAGCAAAGGAAAGCGCUGAGCCAGGCGUUUAGGUUUGUGUUGGCUCCAGCAGGAAUGUCAAGAACCCGCCCUGAUGUCAUCUCUUGAGCAUCUUUGCAAACUUCCUGUUUGCUAACCUCUGCCGUGCUAACUGCACCUGCUAGCUUUUGGUGUGGCAGGAGAGAUGCUAGCCAUUACUCCCUCAUACGCAGAUUACAGAAGGAUUGUUGUGGGAUUAUUUGUGCUAUAGAAAAAGGAUUAACCUGUUAGCUAUGUACAGAUUAGCUAAUCGACGUUAAUUUCAUGUGCUUCAUGGACUGUAAUGGCAUGCAGUGAAAGAUGGAUGCUUCUGAUUGGUGGUUGCAUCGUCACUAAGGAUCUGUUGAUAAUGACGGAUGAUCAAUAAUAAACUUGGUUCGUCACAUUUGUCUCUGGUCCAUCAUCUGGCACACCCAGCGACCUCUGACCUUUCCUUGUAAUGAUGGUCAUGGUGGUCCGUGCCCCCCUCCCAGCUGAUAAUGUGGCGUCUGCACUUCUGGUC